ACAAAUUUCAUGUCACUGUUCUUAGAACGUCGUUUGUUUGUGUGAAGAUUUCUUAUCUGGGAUCUCUCUCAUCUUCCCAAAUUCUUCCUUUUAUUUUUUUUUUAAUUUUCUUCUUUCUCUCUCUAAACAAAAAAAAAAAGCUUCUAUUGUUCUUCUCUUUAUGCGAGAGAGAAGGACGAACAAGAGUGGCCCCAGUAGAUCGAAAUCGACGAUCUAAGCUUCUUCAAUGUUGUUGCAGCAACACCCACUUCGUUGUUUCUCCUACAAUUCUUGGUUUUAGCUAUCCUUUUGUUUUUUUGCUUAGUGAGAGAGUCAAACACUGAAUUUUUUUCUUCUGAUGAUGAUGAUGUUGAAUGGUGGAAAAUCCAUGGUGGAUUCUUAAGAGCACGUGAUGAGAGGAUGUGGGUUUAAGGGCUGGAGUGAAGAGGUCGAAAAUUUAUUACUAGAAGAUUUUUUAUAUAAAAUCAGUUGGGGGGAGAAAACAAGCAAGAGUUCAAGAGCCAAGGGGAAAUAUGUGACUGCUAGGAGAUGAUGGCAACAUUGGUUCUUUAGGAUGGGAACCAAAGUUCAGACUCUGCCAGGAUAUUAUUCAAUGAGAGAUCUUAAUGAGGAAUCCAGUAGUUGCGGCUGGCACCUAUAUUAUGGAGAUAAAACACUGGCAAAUGGGCAGUACUAUCAUAGUUAUCUGUCAAGUGGUGCUGCGGAUGCAUGUUCAGCACAUGAUAAGGAUAAUUUGAAGCAGACGAUGCUUGAGCAUGAGGCCAUAUUUAAAAAUCAGGUCUUUGAACUUCACCGCUUAUACAGAGUACAAAGGGAUUUGAUGGAUGAAGUUAAAAUGAAAGAUUUACACAGAAACCAUAUAUCUGUUGAGACAUCAUUUUCCACAGGUCCCUUGGCAUCUCAGUUGACAUCUGAAGAUGGUAAAAAAUGGCAUGUUCCUGGAUUUCCAAUAGUUGGAAGUUCUACUUGUGCUAGACCAUCUAUUUCAGGCAUUGAGGGCAUUCAUUCUCCUUUGAGUUCUAAUAAAGGAAUCAGCAAGCAAGCUGUUCUGUUCCCAUCCCCAAAUGGGAGUAGUAGCCCGAAAGAUGUUGAGAUACUAGGGUUCAGACCCUCAAAGGUGAGGAGAAAAAUGUUUGACCUUCACCUCCCUGCUUAUGAGUACAUUGACACUGAAGAAAAUGAAAAGCCUGGUGACGAAAAGAUUAGUGCCACAACAAAUUUUCUUUCUGAUAGAAAUUAUAAACAUGAAAAGGGAGCCAAUAUGAACCUUUUUAGUGGCAAUGGUGGCAAGACUGCAGGCCAGGAAGACAUUUCAAGAUCUAAGCAGUCUUUAAGAAGCGGAAAUGGUUUGGCAGACUUAAAUGAACCUGUUCAUGUGGAAGAAACAAAUGAUGUUGCAUACGUUUCUCCUCAGAACCAUAAUUCCUAUCAAGGGGGAACUGAAUGCUCUGAUCUAUCUGCCAAACAGAAGUCGAGGUUCUUUGGUUUGUCCAAGGAAGAUUUACUGAACUCGCAUCAUGGAACUGAAAGUUGGGCUCGAAAUAAUGGAUAUUUGGAUAAUGACAGGAAUCGAAAAAUGUGGAUUUCUUCAAUAGAGUCAGGGCAAGCUAAAAGCAAUCCAAAACCCAUUCCUCAACUCCUCAAACAAGAUCAAUCACUUUUAUCUUCCCAAUCAAUGCAAGAUGAACUCGGUAAAUCUCAUGAGCCUAGAUCUGAUUGUCGAACUAAUCGAAGCAAGACUGAUUUGUUGAGGGAAAAGAUGGCUAGUGGUUUAGAUAUCAGUGAAAGAAAUCAUGAAUACUCUGCUAAUAAGCUUUCAGAGUCUGUUGCAUCAUCACAUAGGCAUGGUCUCUUUGCAAUUGCUCCUUCCUCAGAUUUAGCUAGAUCUUGGUCUCACUUAUCUUGGGACAUGGCAAGUAGUACCCUAAACCAAAAGUUGAUAUCUGUACAGACACCUCCAUCUCGAUGUGUUAAUGCAUCUGGUUCCUUGAGUAGGAGUUCCCAGUCACAUCAGAGUAAUGGGAUGUUGGGAGAUAGUUGGCCUCUAAAUAUCAAUUCAAAGAUUAAUCCCGGUUUUCUAUGUGAGGCAUCUGGGAAAAAUGGAUUUUACCCCAGGACUUUAUCUGGGUCCAAGGAGCUGUCAGUGAACAUCUCUUCAAUUAGCUAUCUCAACCAUGAUAGUGAUUGCAAGAAAUUUCCUGAACACUUCAACAAUGGUCCAGCAAACUGCUACAAGAGUUCAAAUUUGAAUUCAAAUGGCAAUGACAUGAAGUCUGCAAAAAAUAUUAACUUGAAUGGGAUACUUUCUAAUGCUUCAUCCAACACCUUAGUUUCCCAGUCAGGUCUUGGAAUCAUGGAUGGAGAACAGAAGCAUGAGGAGCAGCUUGCAGUGUUGCCUUGGCUUAGACCCAAGACAACAUGUAAGAAUGUGGCACAAAAUGCUGGAGGUUUAAAUGUUUUCCAACUUGCUUCUUCAUCUAACAAAGAUGAAUCUGGAAAGGGGUCUAAUGGAAAAUUUAUUCACAAUGUAACUACAGGUUUGUGUUCAAAUGAUUUAGAGCCAAAGAGGAGAGAAGUUAGUGACAGCUCUAGUAAAAGGAAAAUUCUUGGGGUUCCCAUAUUUGACAUAUCUCAUAUUUCUGCUAAGGAGUCAUCUUCAUUCACCUCUUCGUCUGUGUCAGUUCCUAAUCCAUCUGAUGUAGAAUUAGUGGAAAAUAACCAGAGAAAACAUAUACUUGAUAUUAACUUGCCUUGUGAUGCUUCUGUUCCUGAGUUUGACGAACAAGCUGUAGCUCAAGUUAUUGUUUGUGAGACAGGAUCAUCCACAACAAAAGCCAACUCUAGAAAGCAGAUUGAUCUGAACUUGUGUAUGAAUGAGGAUGAAGCAUUUGUGACAAAUAUUCCAGCAACCAACUUAGAAACGAAGGCAGAAAUAGAUCUUGAAGUCCCUGCUGUUCCUGAGGCAGAGGAGGAUGCCAUUCCUGAAGAAAAGAAGCUUGAAACUCCUCUAGUAUCACCACUUGGCCCACAAGACACAGUUGAAAAGCUGCAGGAUGAGCUUAUGAGGCAUGCAGCAGAGGCAAUUGUUGUUUUGUCAUCUUCUUGCUGCCAGCAAGUUGAUGAUGUGAUCAGCAGUCCAUCAGAAGGCCCGGUGGUGGACUCUCUAAGUUGGUUUGUGGAUAUAGUUUCCUCGUGUGUGGAUGAUCUACAGAAGAAGAGUGAUAAUUCAAGGGAAAAAGAUGGUGAGGAUAAUGAGGAAUCUUCCUCAGAUGGAAUGGACUACUUUGAAUCAAUGACAUUGAAACUGACAGAGACCAAGGAAGAAGACUACAUGCCCCAGCCCCUUGUUCCAGAAAACUUCAAAGUGGAAGAAACUGGAACAACCUCGUUACCUACUCGGACACGAAGGGGGCCAGCUAGGAGAGGGAGGCAGCGAAGCGACUUCCAAAGGGAUAUCCUUCCAGGCCUUGCAUCUUUAUCGAGGCAUGAAGUAACAGAAGAUCUCCAAACAUUUGGAGGACUCAUGAAAGCAACAGGUCAUACAUGGAAUUCAGGAUUAAACAGGAGAAGUGGAUGUGGUAGGGGUAGACGGCGGUCACAGCCACAGGUUACCCCAACUCCUCCCCCUCCUCCAGUGGCAAACAUUGAAACAAACACCCCACUUAUUCAGCAGCUUAAUAACAUUGAAGGGGUGGGAUUGGAAGAUAGAAGCCUAACAGGUUGGGGCAAGACAACCAGAAGGCCCCGUAGACAAAGGUUCCCUGCAGGUAAUCCUCCAUCAAUCCGGUUAAUCUGAUCACUGUAAGAGGCUUAAAUUUGUAGAUGAGAAUUUAUAGAGGGUAAGUACAAAGCAGGUCCAUUUCAAUAUUGUUGGAACACAUGAUGUUCGAUCUCAAGCAUGGCGAUUUCUCUUGUAAAAAUUUCUUCAAACCCGAAUUUGGGUAUAUGUUUGAUUUUCAGUCAGUCUUUGGUCCAUACCAACUUAAAUAAAUAAUGUCGCAUGAUUUCUUCUUGGUUGACUCUUUUAAGAACUGUUGAGAAGAGAUAUAUACAGUUUGUGCACUCUCAC